UCCAAAUCCUUUCCUAGACAACGACAACACACUACAGGUGGCGUGCCUGUCCCCAAACGGUACCCAUUCGUGCCGUACCGGCACCAGCUUUACACGGACUCUCAUUAAUCAUGAUUACGAUUGCCGGAGAACAGCAACGUGUGGUGCCAUUAGGCAAAACCAACCGUUGACGCGUCACAUAAACGGACCACCGUGGACAGACAUGGUGAGACCGCACAUACGACGAUUGUCUCUGGGGCGUCCUCCCACCACCACCCACCCUAUAGGACAAAAGCGAUUUGGACAAGGGAUUUAAUUUGGCCAUGGUUUGCCUUCGGUGGGUUUUGGGAACGGGAUUUUUCGGAGCCGGGACGUCGACUGGCGCUGACAGCUCAGGGGUAAUUAAUAUGCACAUGAGCGGUUGGCUCAUUUCGGGAUAUCGUGUGGAGAAUCGUGGUAGAUAAGGUUGAUUGAGUUAUUGUACUUUCAAAAUUAAAUUAAAUUUGAAUACCCUUUUUCGAACGAACAAAAAUCCUAUUAAAAAUAUUGCGUAGUCUGAAUCUGUGGAGUUGGUUUUUUUGAGAACCUAAAAAUCAAAGCAAUUCUCAAAAACGAUAAGACAAAACAGAGGAGAUCGAAGCAACCAAAGGUACUGACUAUAUCGCAAAGUCAUUCUCCUCAACUAUUUCACUUAAAACACAUCCAAUUAUCAAACCCUCUCGAAAUAAUGCGCGGCUGGGGUCUUCGCGGAAUGAUUCAAAAUCCACUGCUGUGGCCAAUCUACGCCCUGUGCGCGGCGGACAUGGCCUGGCUGUCGUUCCACGUCGUGCGCACCUCCCUGUACAACCCGGACGUCGUGUGGAACCACAACAGCAACCCGGAACCGUGGAACGAUCACCGGGAGAAGCGUUAUCGGGUAGGAUUUUGAAAAAAAUGACCUUUUUCGGUUGUUUUGUGAAAUUCUACAAUUGUGUUGUUCUAGCUCUGGGCGGGAACCUACGACUACUCGAAGCGUCCCUGUUUGGCUCCAAUUUUCAAGGACGGUGAUGUCAUUCCUGUUGCGCAACCGGAUGAAGAAUAGGAGAAUUUGGUUUCCUUUUUGGCGCAAAUCAAAGAAAUCAAAAGCUAUUUGCAUUUU